GAACAAAAUGCUCUUCACUCCCAAAUACAAAGUAAGAAAAAGACAUAUACAGUAGUUACUUAGCCAAAACAAAAGACAGGACUAAUGUCAAUCUUCCUAUGAAUCCUCUUCCUUUUCCCUCUCUUUUUGAUCAACGUUAAAAAGCUUUUACCCUCGAAAAGGAAGCUUCCUCCGGGACCUACGGGUCUUCCAAUCAUAGGAAACUUGCACCAAGUUGGAAGAUUGCUUCACAGUUCUCUUCACAAGCUGUCUUUAAAACAUGGACCAGUGAUGCUUCUCCGUUUCGUGGUCGUCCCUGUGGCCGUGUUCUCUUCAAAGGAAGCAGCAAAAGAAGUUCUCAAGAUUCAUGACCUAGAGACUUGUACCCGACCUAAGAUGGUCGGGACCCGUUUAUUUUCUUACAACUUCAAAGACAUUGGUUUCACUCAGUAUGGCGAGGACUGGCGAGAGAUGAAAAAGCUCGUGGGGAUCGAGCUCUUUAGUCCAAAAAAGCAAAAGUCUUUUAGGUCUAUCAGAGAGGAAGAGAGUGACUUGCUGGUCAAGAAAAUUUCAAACUCUGCUCAAACACAAACCCUAGUGGAUUUGGGAAAACCCCUUUUCUCCUUCACCGCCAGUAUUAUAUUUAGACUUGCCUUUGGGAAGAACUUCCGUGAGUGCGAUUUCAUUGAUAUGGAGAGAGCCGAGGAGCUGGUGAUAGAGUCAGAGACCAACGUAGGAACCUUGGCAUUCACUGACUUCUUCCCCAUGGGUCUCGGAUGGCUCAUAGACCGGCUCUCUGGUCAGCAUUCGAGGAUGAAAAAAGUCUUUUCCAAACUCAGCGAUUUGUUUCAGCAUUUGAUUGAUGAUCAUUUAAAGACUGAAAAUUACCAUGAUCACUCAGACCUCAUCAGCGCCAUGUUGAAUUUGAUCAAUAAACCCACCAUUGAGGGCUCUUUCAAGAUCACUUCCGAUCAUCUCAAAGGAGUCAUGUCGGAUGUGUUUUUAGCGGGAGUGAACACAGGAGUGAUCACGAUGAUAUGGACAAUGACAGAGCUAACCAGACAUCCAAGAGUGAUGAAGAAACUCCAAGAAGAGAUUCGAGCAACACUCGGGUCCAACAAAGAGAGAAUCACAGAAGAAGAUCUAGAGAAAGUUCAUUACCUAAAGAUGGUGAUAGAGGAAACAUUCAGAUUACACCCACCUGCUCCUCUCUUACUCCCAAGGUUAACAAUGUCCGACAUCACGAUUCAAGGCUACAAUAUUCCCAAAAACACCAUGAUUGAGAUCAACACUUACACGAUAGGACGUGAUCCCAAAUGUUGGACUAGCCCCAACGAAUUCUUCCCUGAGAGGUUUUUAAAUACGUCUAUCAACUACAAGGGUCAGCAUUUUGAACUCUUGCCCUUUGGAGCUGGUCGUAGGAGCUGUCCCGGGAUGGCCUUGGGAAUCACCAUUCUAGAGCUCGGCCUUCUUAACCUUCUUUAUUUCUUCAAUUGGAGUGUGCCAGAUGGAAUGGCAAUUGCAGACAUUGACAUGGAAGAAGUUGGAGCAUUAAACAUCGCCAAGAAAGUUCCUCUUAGGCUCGUACCAACUCUUCAUCUCUCGUAAACAAAUGCAUUAAUAUAUAAGAUAAAGAUUUAUACGUUUACCCUCUUUCUGUAAUCGAUUUAGUUUUUCAUUACGUUUGCCAUAUCCUGGCUGGCUUAUGCAUUGUGAAUUUAAGUACUGUAUAUAUUCGUGUUCAUGAUGUUUUUAUAUA